AUGGGUGUGAUCAAUUUCGAGAUCGAUGUUGCAACGGGAAGAGCUAGAGUGAGCAGAAGAGCGACCUUCUACGCGGCACUGGUCAACAUAACAAUCUUCAGUAUGAUGCCGCUGAUGGUUCGCAUUAAUGUCUGGAGUCACUUUUGGAAGGAAAUGAAUGGCUUCCAUGAAUACGUGUUCCUGGUCGCCAUGUGUCUGCGCAUUGUCUGUGUCUUUGUCACGAUGUUGAAUCGCUGGUGGGAACGUCAACAAAUUAUCAGUUUGAUGGGACACUUUCGCCGAUUGGUUUUGAAGCAACCCCAAGUGAGGAAACUUUGGCGACGUGGAGUCAUUAGCAAGUUCAUCUCAGGUGUACUAACAGAGCUUAUGCAUGUAAUAUUGGCAUUAUAUGGAUUGCGAGAUAGUCUCAAUCUUGGUCUGACUCUGAGCGUUGUUGCUUUGUAUACCCUGUUAGCUCUACUCAAUAUUAUUCUGAGUCAAUAUUACUUCGCUCUACUCACUAUUCAUGGACACUACGUACUGUUUAAUGAGGAGCUUCGUUCGAUUCUGGCGGAAACUCAAUCCAUUGAGUUGGAUCAUCGCAUAGGAGUGAGAAAUCUCAGGAGCUGCGCUUUGGCCGAUCGCAUGGACAGCUUGGCCCAUCUGCAAGCCGAACUGCAGACUCUAAUACAUCGGAUGACUCGAAUAUUUGGUAUACAGUCCCUAUGUAUGGGUAUCAUCAUUUACAUCACCUUAGUUGGCGGUAUUUUUUACACCUUUCUGAUCAUUAGACACGACUCUAUAAGCAUCGACUUGUUCAGAAGCGAUCAUUUGCUGCUGCUUGUCAGCAUAUUUUGUUAUCUUGUCGACACUCACAUCACCUUCUCAAUUACAUAUGAUCUGGAGGAUCAGCAUGCUGCAAUGAGACACCUGAUUGUUCAGAACACGUCUUUAUCUUAUGAUUUGGAUAUGCGUCUACAAGCAACAUUUGAGAGUUUUCAGCUGCAGUUAGUGCGCAAUCCUCUGAAACUCACAGUUAUGGGUCUCUACAAUAUUCACCGUGGUUUUAUCGUGGCAAUGUUCAGCUCGAUAGUAACAAAUUCCCUCAUCCUAAUACAAUACGAUAUAAAAAACUAUUGA